AUGUUAAUUGCGGACAAGCGCAACAUUCAUAUCUUUAACGAUCUACCACCAAAAUCCGCACCAUUGAAAUUGCAUUGCUGGUCGAAAAAUGACGAUCUUGGAUAUCAUACGGUUGAUGUUGAUAAAGAAUUUGAAUGGACUUUUUGCAGUAAUUUUUCGCCUAGUACACUAUACACUUGUCAACUUUGGUGGGGAUCGAAAGAUAGAGCUUUCGAAGUUUUUGAUGAAAAAACGGAAGGAAUGAAAAGCGACCGCUCGGUUUACUGGGUAGCAAAGAAUGACGGUGGUCCCUUGAGCAACGAGACACUAGUAAAUAAGGUAUUGAGAACUCUUCCAGAAAGAUUCAGCAUGACUGUUACUGCUAUUGAAGAGGCCAAAGACACAUCAUCUCUACGGCUGGACGACUUAAUUGCUGAAGAUGAAGUUGAUGACUUAAUUGCUGAAGGAGAAACAACCGAAGAAGACACUGCUACCACAGAUGAUCCAGAUACAAACAGUCCUGUUUCAAGAGAAGAAGGUGUUGAGCCAAGUGUUACCACAUCUGACUCAAUACAUCCUACAGAGGACACAGAAGCUGAAUUGCAGCCAACCUAUGAUCACAAGAAGCAAUUUUUUAUCUACUGUAUCAUGGCAUCUCCACCUAGAAAUCCUCGUCCAGCCGCCGAAGAUGAUGUCCACAACGAUGCUGCACCACCUGAACCAGCAGACCCAUUUCUGGCCAUCAUCGUUCAUCCGGUCAACCUUGAAGCUGUACCAAUCAGCUACAUUGAGCCCGGAGACGAGCUGAAUCCGAUUGACCCAGAAAACUUCGAGUUCGUGGGUCCCUCUUCCACUGCCGGAAGAUUUCCAACUCGCCGGUCCAAACGCAUGAACCCCUUCCCAGAUCUGAAUACUGCUGGGCCACAACGCCGGAGGGGAGAAAACUCUCCUAGAAGAGGAGGUAGAGGUGGAAGAAGAGGAGGCAGAGGUGGCCGUACUCCAGUUAGGCCAAAUCCACCAAGAGGUCUUCAUUUGGUGGAUGAAGAAACUGAUGAUGAAGAAACUGAUGAUGAAGAAGGAGAUCCUACCUUUGCAGUACCAGAGGCUCAAGCUCUAUCCUCCAGCUCCUCUGAGUCAUCAUCCAACGACUCACCUCCCCCAGCAUCAACUCAGGGGGAGACAUCUCAGCCAAGCAUGGCAGCAGCAGCCUCUCAACAUCCUGUUUCUGAAGGUGUUGCUGCACAUGUUCCUGAAGAUGCUGCUGCACCCAGAGUCUCAGAAAUUGUCCCUCAGAAAAGUGCUGCUGAAGAUGCUGCUCCUUAUCAGGAUGAAGAAAUGCCUGAUUUUUCUGGGAUGUCCUCUGCAGAGCAUGUUGACAUUCCCACUGUUGACGCUCAGGAUUUCACCACUACUGAAGAAACACCAUCAGCACCUCAUGCAGACCCUCAGGAAACCCUGGCAGAAGCAACAGUUCAAGCAGAUGCAUCUGCUCCUCAGGCUGAAGAACCAGAGAAAAGUGAUGACAGCUGGGAGGAAGAAGAUGUUGUCCCACCUGUUGCAUCACCUGAACCAGCAUACAUUCCAGAUGAGCUUGAAGAUUCAGAAGAUGAGGACUCCUCAGAAGAAGAAGAACCAGACUUGGAUGGGAAAAAUUUGUCAACCCCUUUUGAGCUUACUCACUCUCUAGCUCAGAUUACUUAUCAUCAGUCCAUGGUGGACAUGCUUCAAAAGGCGCUUUCUGAUCAAAAAGGGGGAGAAAAAGCUAAUCAUGAAGUUGAAGCAGGGACUUCGCACCCUUUGGAUCCCAGAGGCAGAGAGCAAGGAGUCAAUGAAGAGGGAGCAAAGAAUGAGGGUGAAGCUCAAGGAGCAGAGGAAAGUAGUGGAUCCAGUGCUAGUGAUGGAGGAGCAGCAGCUGAUACUGAGGAGACUUUGGAUGUUCUACUUUAA